GCCACUCUGCCAUUGGUCGGUUGUGUCUGAGAGCCCCCCCCCUGCUUUGUGCUGUUGUCUGGGGCAGCAGCAGGGGUCUGGAGAGUGGGAGGAGGGAGAAGACCAAAGAAAGGACAGAAUGAGACUGGAGGGGCUGAGUGGGGAAAAGGACCCAUCUAAAAAAGAGAGGGACAGAGAGGGGAGAUAGAGGAAGGAACACAACCAGAGAGGCGAGGUAGAGAGAGAGAGAGAGAGAGAGGGGGAGGGAUCAAAGAGGGUUAGCUCAUCUAGAGCUGCUAGUGCAAACGUGCAGGGGAGAAGUUGUGGGAAAGUAAACAGAACAGGAGAAUUCCAAUCUGUUUUUCAGCCACUUGCAGCCCUAGCAGGGGACCACAGAGAUGCCUGUGCUGGACCCGGAAGCGUGGUAACAACUGAGAGUUUAUGGGAGGCUACCAGGAUUAAAGUGUCACCAGGGUGCGCCUGGAGCUUCUUGGAGGACAUACUACUGAAGACAAGGAGGGAUUAUGUCUACUGUGAUGUCUCAACGGCAACCACCAAAAGAGGAUGAAGAGGAGGAGGAUGAGGAGCAAGGGGAAGAGUUUUCGUUUGAGGACAGUGAGGAUGAGGAGAACAGUAAAGGGAUCACCUCUGACUCUGCUAGAUCUGUCCAGUCGUCGAAAAAGGAGGAGAGUGAGACAUCGGGCAGUGUCUCACAAACAGGCACGGACUGCACACAACGUCUUACACCUGCGCCUCCUGCCGGACAGGAGGGCGAUCUCCCCAAGGAUGUAACUUCAAUUUCUACUGCAGAUGUUCCAGUUAAUGAGUCACCCAGCGGGGCCUCGUUGGCAGCGGCAGCAGCAGCAGCAGCAGCAGCAGCCGAGCCCAGUACCUCAGCGUCUCGUGUGGCAGAGGAGCUGCAGGGGCUUCCAGUUGUGCCGCCAGCUGUGGAGACGCCGACUGAUUCAGGAGACCACAGCAAAGCGAUCGGCAAGGAAAGCUCCGACUCCAGGGACACCUCUGAAGCUUUGCGUGCGGCUGAAGCCGAGCCACAGACAGAGGAGGCUUCCGAGGUGAUCUAUGAUGACGUUCCAAGCGAGGACCCCCUCUCUCCCGAUGCAGAUAUGAUCUACGAAGAUGUCCAGAGAGACAGCGGUCCUCUGGACGGGGACAACGCGUGGAGCUCCAGCGAGUUCGAAAGCUACGACGAACAGUCUGAUAACGAGACCAAGCUACCGACACGGAGCAAGCUCUCUCCUGAAGUGUGUCGGCUGAGGGAACGCUGUGCCAGGACCAAACGCGAACUGGCCAUGAGGCUGUCUGGCAAGCACAACUAUGACAUCAAGGUUCAGCAGCUCAUGAAGGCGGCGCGAAGCGGAACGAAGGGCGGCCUUGAAAAGACCAAGAUAGCCGUCAUGCGAAAAGUUUCCUUCCUCCAGAGAAAAGAUCAAUUGGAAGAGGAGGAUGAUGCAGGAUACCUGGAUGUGGCUGUGUCAGAAGUGAAGCAUCCCCCCCCACAGCUGAGCCCCAUGCCAGAGGGGCUGACCAACCACCAGGUUGUCAGGCGCCAUAUCCUCGGCUCCAUCGUUCAGAGCGAGCGGAGCUACCUGGAGUCUCUCAGGAGAAUCGUGCAGGAAUACCAGAGACCAUUGAUGGAAGCUGAUCCACGCAUCUUGAGUCCAAGAAAGAUCCGGCCUAUAUUUUUCCGAAUGAGGGAGAUCACACAGUGCCACUCCAUGUUUCAGAUUGCAUUGGCGUCACGUGUGGCUGAGUGGGACAGCAGUGAGAAAAUCGGAGACUUAUUUGUUGCCUCGUUUUCCAAGUCCAUGGUGCUGGAUGUAUACAGUGAUUACGUGAACAACUUCACCAAUGCAAUGGCUCUCAUUAAAAAGGCGUGCAUGUCCAAACCAGCUUUUCUGGAAUUCUUAAAGAAGAAGCAGUCAUCUAGUGUUGACCGGAUCACCCUGUAUGGCCUGAUGGUUAAGCCCAUUCAACGAUUCCCUCAGUUCAUAUUGCUCCUGCAGGACAUGCUUAAGAAUACGCCAAAGGGCCACGUGGAUCGUCUGCCCCUGCAGCUUGCUCUGACAGAGCUGGAGAUGCUGGCCGAGAAGCUGAAUGAACAGAAACGAGUCGCCGACCAGAUUGCAGAGACUCAACAACUAGCCCGCAGCGUCAGUGAUCGCCUGCUCAGUAAGCAACUGAACUCGGAGCAGGGGUCACUGGUCCUUUGUGAGACGCUUAUUGAGACUGUGUACGGCGAGCGGGGACAAGUCCUGAAGUCCAAGGAGAGAAAGGUCUUCCUCUUUGAUGAUGUGCUCAUCUGCGCCAACAUAAAUGUCAAGGGGCCUCCGGAUAUCAGCAGCCUGGUCCCUGUCGGCCCCAAGUACACCAUGAAGUGGAGCGCCCCUCUACAGCAGGUGCAGGUAGUUGAGGUGGGCCAGGAGGCGUCUCAAAGCAAAGACACCUUCUUCCAACAGAGCGGGGCCAAGCGGCUAAGUGGUGCCUGCACUUCAGGUAAAGCGAUCCUUGGGCCUCCACGGCUCUACCAGGAGCUGCAGGAACUGCAACAUGACUUGUCUGUCGUGGAGGAGGUCACUCUCCUUGUGGGCACGCUGCAGGGGAUGUACCAGAACCUGAACACCACUGUGGCACAGGACUGGUGUCUGGCUCUACAGAGGCUUAUUCGCAUCAAAGAAGAACAGAUCCAGAGUGCUAACAAAUGUCGCUUACGCCUGCAGGUGCCCGGCAGGCCAGACAAGUCCGGGCGUCCGGUUAGUUUCAUGGUGGUUCUCAACACACCCAACCCCCUUAGUAAGAUCUCCUGGGUCAACCGUUUGCACCUGGCCAAGAUCGCACAACGGGGGGAGAAUUCACCAGGCUGGUUGUGUGGAGAGGACGAGGGGAAGACGAUGGCCCCGUUUUGGUGUCCGCUGCUUGCCUGUCACAUGCCUGUCUUUGCUACAAAGUCCCUUGAGAGAAAGCUUGAAGCUGCCCUCCACAAUCGUGUUCACUGUGCAUUGUUGGGCUUCUCUGCAGCGAGCACCUCCUUACCUCAAGGCUACUUCUGGGUGGCUGGGGGAGAAGGUUCGCAUGGGCAUAUCGAGAUAUUUUCCCUCAACAGGCCCACGCCAAGGACUGUAAAGAGCCUGCAGGUAGGCUCUGCAGUCCGAUGUCUGGAUUACGUGCCAGAACCUUCUCCCACUGAGGAAGUGGAGGCUGGAGUUCACAAGGCCACGUCGGGGAUCGGCGCCAACAUUUGUGUCGGAUUAGACGAUGGACGCAUACUGGUCUAUGGCAGCGUGGACACUGCAGCCCAAUGCCUAUUGACCCUCCAUAACCCAGAGGGCUGCCCUGUGCUGUGCCUGAAGCACUCCUCUCGCUUCCUGUUUGCAGGCCUGCGGAACGGGACCAUGAUGGUGUAUGGAAGAAGUGACAACGAUGAUUUUUGGGACCCAGACUCCCGGAGAUGUGUGAGCCUGGGCUCGGAACCAGUGCGGACACUGUUAGUGUUAGACGACUCAGUGUGGGCAAGCUGUGGGAACUCUGUCACAGUCAUGGACAUCUCCAGCCUCACCACUCAGACGUUUGAAGUCCACCCUGACCCGAUGAUCAGCGUGGCACACAUGGCGUGUGCCGGUGGAGGGGUGUGGAUGGCGUUCUCCGAGGGUUCCUCCAUCCGUCUCUUUCAUACCGAAACACUGGAGCUUCUGCAGGAAAUCAACAUCUCAACACGCUCCACGCUGCUAAACACUGGUCAAAAGAGCUUGCGAGUCACGAGUCUGCUAAUUUGCCAGGGGCUGUUGUGGGUGGGCACUGCCCAAGGCUUAAUUAUCACUCUUCCAGUUCCCAAACUGGAGGGCAUCCCCAAAAUAACAGGAAAGGGAAUGAUCUCUCUAAAUGCCCACUGUGGGCCCGUGGACUUCCUGGUGGCCACCACCAGCACUCUGUCCCCUGAACUGCUGAAGAGGGAUUCUGUCGUGGAUGGCCCAGACUCGGCCUUCGGAGGCGAGGACCGCAGCGACACCUCCUCCCAGGAAUCCCUGCAACAGUCCUACCAGGGAGAGGGACGAGGCAAAGGACGCGGCGUCCUGCUGCAGUACAAGCUGCGCUCUACGUCGGGACUGCCCGGGCGGCCGUUGACAGCGCUGGGCGACGAGGCCUCGGACUCCUCCCUGGAGUCCUUGGAGCACAGCGUGGAAGAUGGAUCCAUCUAUGAGCUCAGCGAUGACCCAGAAAUGUGGGUCCGGGGACGUCCUUGCGAGAGGGAUGGGGGACGCAGGGACAGGGUGAUCUCUGCAGCGGUUAUCUCUGGAGGCAAGGGCUUCCGUAGACUGAAGGAAGGGGCGGCAGCAGGUACUAGGACAAGCGGCGAGGGUUUAGAGAAUAUUCUUCUGGUAUGGCAGCUCCCACUGACAGUGUGAUAUGAAACAUAUAUGGCAAGGUGAUGGGUAUUUAUAGAUGUCUACCCAGCUUAGCCUUGAAUCAACCGUUACCAUAUAUUCAAGGGAUUUGAAUAAACACGUACUGUAGGAUGUGAAGGUCUUGCCACCGUUACGGAGCUUGACAUGUUAUGAUUUAGCCUGUGGAAUGAGGAAGGUAAGACGUGCUGUUUACCAGUGGUACUGUCAGCUCAUAGGAUGCUGUGAAUGUUGAGGCUUGUGCGUCAUCACCUUCCCAGCAGUUGGCCGCCACUGAUUAGUCGUGAGUGAUUGUUUUGAUCUGGUUCCUCGUCCUGUCUGUGUCACGAUUGAUAUGCCUCGAUUCAACCUCAUCAUUGCGGCGUGUGCUCUGCCACAUUUAUUUUACGCAAAGGACUUGUGUGUGUGUGUGUGUGUGUGUGUGUGUGUGUGUGUGUGUGUGUGUGUGUGUGUGUGUGUGUGUGUGUGUGAGAGUGUGUGUGUGUGUGAGAGUGUGUGUGAGUGCCCACGGACAGCACGCCUUUGAGAGGCAGGCUUUGUUGAAUCUGCCAUGCUCUGCAGAGUCAGAGAUGGACGUAUUUUAUUUGAUCCUGUGGGAGCGAUCCCAUCUGUUUCCAGCUGAAAGCUGGGGACUUCCACCGCAUCACAAAGCACAUUAGCAUCACUUUAUUAGCUCUUAGCCAGCCUAUCUCUCAUCUCCCACAAUGUGAAUGUGCGGUACCUUCUAUUGUGUCUCAAAAUUGAAUCUGUGCUCUCUUAAAAAGAAAAGAAAAAAGGAAAAAAAAAGAUUUAAUAUUUCCUGUUUUGUUGCAGCUGUUGCAAAAACGAUUUUUGGUUAUGGAAAAUUAGUUUCUUCCAAGAGCUAACCAUGCCGUGAUUGAGGAGAAUCAUGGUAGUACAGACUGGCUGCACAAAAAAAAAAAAAAAAAAAAUCAUUUGGGAAACAAACGUUUUUACUCUACAGAAUCUAUAUUUGCACUGUAGAAAUCCUGUAAUUAUUACAGAUUUAUUUUGAGGAAAAGAAACUUCUUGGUCCCACAUUUUAGAGUUUUAUCUUGCCCAAGUACUGUAAAUGCCAGAUAUCUGUUUCAUUAUUCGCUGCCGUCCAUCAGCUAGAUGAAAGAAAUGAGCGCACAGGGUUUUAACGCAGCUCACAUUAGCUGGAAACGCCAGUAAUGGAUCAAAAAUAAAGCUCUAUAAACGACUGCUAUCAGCUGUGUAUCGACGGGGGGAACCUACCUAAGAAAGACACCAAUGAGUGCACAUUUUCAGUAAUAUACAUUAUGAUUUGAUUAAAGAGGGUGUAUGACAAUACAUAGCAUACGUCUGUAAUACAAUAAACAGGCGCUGAUGUAUAGUAUCUCUGAUAUCAGCCAGGACGCUAAAUCACGUAAACCUGGUCUCAUCAACACUUGUUUUCAUGCUAAUAUUUGGUGAAUAUUUGGAGUUUAGUGCAAAGUAAUAUAAUAAUAUUCUAUCAUCAAGACAUGAGGAUGCACGAAAACAACAUGUCAUGCCUGUUGGGUGGGAUCCUCACAUCUCCAGUUUUGGUGAUUAUCGUGUCUUCAGUUGAUCCAGUUGAUUAGAUGUCUUUAACCUGAGAGGCUUCUAAAAACUCUUUUAACCACCUUUAAUGAUAUGAACAUGCAUUGUCAUUUGGCUUUUACUUUAGAAAUACAACAACAGGAGUAUGAUGAAUCGGAGCUGGUAUGAGACGCGUUCACUGGUACUCUGUGGAAUAUUGUGAACUUCAUAGUGAACUUAGCAUUGGCGGGCUUGUCUCGCAGACAAAUCCAAGUAGAUAUUUUCCACAGUGUGUUGAACAAUAGGUGGAGGCCAUGCAAGGAGCCAAAUAUGAACAUAGCUUUCAUGGAUUUUCAAUAAACCGAGCACUGGCGAAGGUAAUGGAAUAGAAUUUUUUUUCUCCUCCUCCAUCUUCACUUAGCUCUCACCUUAUCCUUUCAUCACAGAGGAAACGUAAAGUUCAUGUUUUGUGUUUCCCUGAGGCACACCUGAGGUUUAUUUCCCCUUGUUCUUUUCCUUCUCACAACUUAAGUUCUAAAGCGUUUAAAACAUCCUGCUGUCAACCAGAGUCCUACAUCAAACGUGGAAAGCUCAAUGUCACGUCAGAAAUGUAAAACUCUGAAUUCAUGUGAGAUUCAUCGCUGCUGGAGCCACAACUCAACGCCCCAAUGGUUACUAUAGAGGUGGCGUAGAGUCUCACGAGCUGAUCCGCUCAACGUCUGAGGCGUCAUCACUAAACUAAAGAGACCUUUGAUGGACAUGGACUCAUGCAUUUCAUUUGCUUACACUACAUGUGUACAGGUAUUAUCCAUGCACUGAAUAUUAAUACUUAUGAAUGUACGUACUGUGCUACUAAUUAGAACCGUUACUGUACUAAUGAAACGUGUUCCCUUUUGUAAAGAGGACUCUGCAACGGUGUUGGAUGUUUUUAGAUGAGACUGUACAAGGCACGGUGUAUGCCAUUUUAUUUUCCCGUGGUGUUAAAGGAGAAGUCCCAUUUAUUAAAAAGUGGAUCUUUUGGCCGUCACUUAUGGUGACACGUACUCCACAGGAUCUGGGAACAUGGUGGUGUUACUAAAAACACAAGUCUGAUGAGAUAAGAAACACAAACACUCAGAUGAUCAUACAGGUUUUAAACAAAUACCCUGGAUAGCUGGACUUAUUUAAAAAAAUAUAUAAUAAAUAAUAAAAUUGUGGGGCACCUGGGUAGCUCACCUGGUAGAGCGUGCGCCCCAUGUACAGAGGCUGAGUCCUCGCUGCACCAGUUCAUUUUUUUUUUUCAUUUUCUGACCUGCGGCCCUUUGCUGCGCGUCAUUCCCCCUCUCUCUCCCCUUCCAUCUCUUCAGCUGUCCUAUCAAAUAAAGGCCUAUAAUGCCAAAAGAAAAUACGCUUUAAAAAAAUGAAAUAAAAAAAUGUGUUUACCUAAAUUGUCUGUUGUAAAACUGCCGGUCGCAGGCUACAGAGCAGCUUCCCAGCUCAACGUUGACCUACCAUACAGUUUCCCUGUGCAACGAGGCGUUUGGACUCUUACGGCGGCUGUAUUGACCUUUAGUUUUACCGCCUGUUGUACAACCGUUGCCGUGUUUACAACUUGUGUGAUCACACAUCCGACUGCUCGUUUCUUAACCCGUCAGCCUCUGUUGGUACUGGAGCAAUGUCUUCCCUGAUAACUUUGGUGAGUACAAAAUUACAAUACCUGACUGAAAUGGUGGCCGAACCUAAAAAAGUAUGGUUACAAAUGACGAGUCAUACACCGGAAUUAUCCUUUAAGCAAAAGUAUUACACCUAAAGGGGAACUACGCCCAUUUUUUGAAAUUCAUACAUGUUACUCCUAUGGUCUAAAACAGUAGACAUGAACGUAAAUCCAAAAACUAGAGUGCUAAAACUCAAAUUUAGUAUAAAGUGUGGAACUGCUUUGUAAAAAAAAAAUGAAUUGGAAGAUGUUCUAGAUGACACUUAGAGGCCCAUUAAAUUAAACAUUAAAAAGUAGUUAAGAACAGUUAGACAGAAUAGUUAGAUAAAAUAUUAGAUUUUAGGCUGCUAUAUGGGACAAUGUGUAAGCCGUUGCUCUAUACACGUAAUCCACCCGCAAUCCUUACCGUUCCCAGGACGGGCCGGUCCCACCGGCACAUGUAGCACAUGUUCACAAAUAUUGAUUGAACUUUCCUAGGACAUGGACAUAACAAAUUGGAAUUCUUAAUUUAGGUAGUGUUCCCCUUUAAUGCUGCCACAUGCAUGUGGAAACAGUGCUCAUUUCCCUUUGGUACAAUACUUGAAUGGUAUGUGUCUAAACAUUGUCUAACAAGCUUAUGCUAAAUUAAAAACAACGUUUAAACUUGG